CGCCGCCGACGAGCAGCGCAGCAGAGGAAGAAGUGAACCGAGAGGCAGCAGCAGGACUGGAGCGAGCCCCGGCCAGUCUCAGCUUCAUGCUUCGUCCUGGGCACUUCUCCUCCUCCUCCUCCUCCUGUCGACAAUACCCUGACAUUUAUUUAUUAACUGUAUUAUUUAGCCAAAGUGAGAGAAAGUAAGACGUGGAGAGAGAGAGAGGAGGGGGGGAGGGGGGCCCGAGUCAUGGAGCUGUACUGCCUGGAGUCGGACAAAACCGUGAGAGCGCAGCCGGACCCGAACAUCCUCUGUGAUGACCGAGUGUUGCAAAGUUUAUUAACGAUCGAGGAGCGGUUCCUGCCUCAGUGCUCGUACUUCCAGCGGGUGCAGAAGGACAUCCAGCCCUACAUGAGACGAAUGGUCGCCGGCUGGAUGCACGAGGUGUGCGAGGAGGAGAAGAGCAACGAAGACGUCUUCCCCCUGGCCAUUAACUAUUUGGACAGAUUCUUAGCGGUGAUGCCCACCAGGAAGAGCUACCUGCAGCUCCUGGGGGCCGUGUGCAUGUUCCUGGCCUCCAAGUUAAAGGACAGCCGGCCACUCUCCGCAGAGAAACUCUGCAUGUACACAGACAACUCCAUCGCACCGCGGGAACUGCUGGACUGGGAACUGGUGGUGCUGGGGAAGUUGAAGUGGAACAUGGCCUCUGUCAUCCCCAACGAUUUCAUAGAACACAUCAUACGCAGGCUGCCCCUUCCUAAAGACAAACUGGCGAUGGUCCGCAAGCACACGCUGACAUUCAUCGCCCUCUGUGCCACAGAUGACCGCCUCGCCAUGAACCCUCCUUCCAUGAUCGCCACAGGCAGCAUGGGAGCCGCCGUAUGUGGCCUGCAGCUGGACCACUCUGACCAGAGGCUGAGUCGAGACAACCUGACAGACCUGCUGGCCAAGAUCACCAACACGGAGGUGGACUGUUUGAGGGCGUGCCAGGAGCAGAUCGAGCGCGUGCUGGCCACCAGCCUGCAGCGGGGGCAGCAGUACCGGCAGGAGUCCGGCGUCCGAGCGGGCAACAAGGCGAGGGAGCAGCAAGACCAGUCCAGUACCCCCACAGAUGUGCGUGAUGUCAACUUAUGAACUGCCAUCGCCAAACCGAUUCACACACACCACUCAUGCCUGUCUACCAAUGAACUAACCGGAGUGAGCGAGGGAGGGGGAGGGGGGGGAAGCGUGAGCUGCUAGUAUCUACGUCAAGUCACUUCAUGAGUGACGGUGUGACAAUCUAUGAACUUUUAGAAGUUAAGAAAUUAAUAGUUUUUCUCCUUCUUUUAAUUUUUUUUUUUGCCCUAUUCACACCCGGCUGGGUGUACCUUUUUUUUUUGUGGGCCUCAUGUAAUCAAACAAGCUAUUUAAAAAGAAAAAAAGAAAAAGGUAAAUUCUUGAAAACUUGAUAGUGCCUUAGGUUUUCCCAGAAUGGAAACCUGAAUAUAUUUUCAUACUUGAACAAAAAAAAUAGCAUUAUUAUAUUAAAUAUACAUAUUUCUUUUGAUACAACCUAGCAAAAAAAAUUAAUAUGAUAAUUAAUGUAUAUUUAGCAAGCAUUUAGUUAUGUUACUCUUUUAUCAUCUUUAGCAAACAGUUAUCAAUUCACAGUUUUACCGGGGGGAGGGAGGGGGUGGGGUGGAGUUUUCCCUCAUCCGUAAAUCUGUGCAGUAGUGAUAAUACAGUACAUGGCAUUUAGACGAAGCUGAUGUGCAGCCAGAAGAGCGUUGCCGUCGGUAACCUGCUCUCUCUGUCUUAUCAUACCGGGUGCACCCGUAGCACUUCUUAUUAUUUAUGCUGAAAAAAAAAAAGUGCUGGCCAGGAGUGGGCUGGGCCUGCUCACAGAGGAAGGACGUCAGGGAGGGAGGGAGGUGGGGGUCAGUGGCUAAUGGCUAAUGGUUGUAAAGGUUUGAACAGAAAGACAAGGUCGGUUCCUAAGGUCUUAAUUUCACUGCCAGAGCCACAGACGAGUACAGUAUGUUAACAGGACACGGUGUGUACACACGCUUGAAUUCAGCAAGGUCACAUUUGAUUGUUGAAAAAGAUUUUAGCGUCGCUCCUUCCGUGUUCGAGAGCAGUCAGGAGUGUUGAGUAGUUCGUUUUAGAGGUGGUUAUUUUAGUCAGGUAUUAGCGAUGUUGUGUUACUAGUCAAAUCUAAAAAAGAAAAAAGCAGAUGUUGCAAGUUUAUACAGGUUUGAGAGGAAAUGAGUGAAGAUUGAAGGGGUUUCUCAUGAGGUUUUUGGAAGAGGAUGAGUACAGUAAUGUGGGAAGUGAAGUCUGGAUUGAUGGAUGGUCGUGAGACGGCGAGGAAAUCAACUUAAGCUAUAUGAUGUUUCUGAUACCUGGGUGACACACAGGAGGAGGAAAGAAAAAAAAAUCCCUGAUGAUGUCUGCCGGAUCAGUUUGGGUGUGCCGCAGUUUCUCCUGUUAUAAUUUUUUUUUUUUAUAUUCCAUUUUACUUUAUGGAGAGUGGGCGACUUCUAACAAUUUUGAUGCACUUUUAAAAACACACUCCUUAAGAUCGGUAAGGGGAUGGUGGUUGAGGAGACUUCAGUGGGGUUGGUAGGGUUAUUUUUUUUUUCAUUUUAGUUUUUCUUUUAAGUUAUUUGAAUUUUUUUUCUUUUCUUUUUCUUUCUGGGCUGGAUUCCCAUGGGGUAACGCACGAUGUCUUGAAAGCUAAUGCCUCGACGGGUGAGUAGACGUAGGAUAAGCGGUUAUUGUAUAAUAGUAUAGAAACUACGUAAAGCCAAGUCACAUGUAGACUUAGUCUUUGUUCAUUUGGUUUUUUUGAUCCAGUGCGUUUAUUUACUUGAAAUCUUGUUAAUUCAUAGCCAAAACCUUCCAAUAGAUCUAGAGUUCAACACAUACUGUGUCCAACCUUAUUCCUAAUGUUUUGUUCUUCUUAUGUAAAAUGCUCUCCCAACUGAAACUUUGAAACUGCCAUUUUUUUUUUUUUACUUCUCUCCAUUAUAGACAUGGGUAGGAAGGGGUUUACACGGUGAGAAAGUUUGUAUAUAACCAAUUUCCCUGAGAGCAGAAAUCCUCAUUAUAUAUAUUAGAACAGACAUAGUUUUCUAAAUUGUGUUCAUGCGUGUACUGUUGUGCUAAAGCCAAAUGUUUUUACCCCCCCAAAAAAAACUUUGCCUUAAACAGACAAGAUGUUCGAGCUUUUAAAUGUUUUGUGUAUAAUUUGUAAGACAUAAUUCCAAAGCGACAAAAAAUAGAUUAUACACAUGAUUCUCUUGCUGCUAUGAAGCUUUUCUUUUCUAGUCUUACACAAAGAUGCCUUAUUGUGAUUCACUUGUGUGCUGCUAUAUUAUGAAUUUUUGUAUAUGUCUUCUUUGCUUUUCUGUUGUACGUGUACCGGAGGGAACAUAAUGGUUUUGGUGCGGGACUGGAAGUACUUGUGUUUGCCGAUCUUGUUUUGUUUUUGUUUUUUUGAUUAGCAUGUUUUAUUCUUCUAUGUUUUUCAAGUUGUAUCUUUAUACUCUAUCAUAUUCUUGCUGCUUCUUUGUAAUGUUUGUGUACCUCAGGUUUAUUUGGACGGAUAGAGCGAGAGCCCAUCUCAUCAUUACCUCAUCACACUUCGUAUCACACAACGUCGUUUUCACUCUGAAUUUGUUGGACGGGUUUCCCUUAUUUUAUUUUUUUGCCUGUGUGGAUGAGAGGAAGUAUGGUGCUUCUUCUUCUUUUAAAUUAAAAAGAAAAAAAAAUCAACCACCAGAUUCCACUGAGCAGGUAAACGUGCCCCAUACUCUAAAAUAGGUUAUUUCAUACAUGUGGUGCUAAGUCAAAAACAGCCUUUACUAUAUGUUUAUAUAUAUAUGUAUCAAAAAGACAAAAUAAUAGAUACAUUUUUUUGAAUUUCAUUGGCAUGCUCAGAUCAGUUGAUUGGAAUGAAGUGGAAUAUGGUUUAUUUUUUGAGGUACCUAUUUGGUCAAAGUUUAAAAACCACAAGAAUGUCUUGUAAUUGUUCGGUGUGGUUGUUAUUUUCCAAAAUCCUCUCCCACUGUCCCCAUGUGCAACCACACAGUGUACCUCAAUAAUUUCUCAUCAAUAAAUUGGCUAAAAUCA